AUGGUUCGUGACCAGGAUAUGGGUUGGGACCUUCGUUACUACGAUAGCUAUCGGCCAGCUGCAGAAGGUGAGACUUCCUCAGAAGACCGAUCAUCAACCAUUGCUACGGAAUCAAAGGCGGUUCGACAUCAUUCUAAUAAGAUCUGGCACCGGGCCGAAUAUUCUAGCAACACGACACCACGAGCUGACGCGUCGUUGGCCCUGAAGUUUUCACGCGGCCAAUCUGAUGAUCACAGUGCCGCUGCUGCUUCUGUCCCCAACGAAAAAUCACCAUCCACUGGCCACGAUCCGAAACAGCUAAUCCAAAUGCCCACGAAAGAACGCAAAGACACGAGCAUGCCUGACACAGCACCGUCGCGACGCUCAUCUCGGACUGUCGAUCCUGACAGGAGGAACGCAUCUGAGGCCCAAAGCCGUGGGUUCUACGGUUCUUCUCCCCCACCCUCAAAUGUGUUACGCCUCGGUGGAUACGAACUGAAACGCCCUCUCGAUGAUGAGGCUAUUGACCGCUCUAUCAAGCGCCAUCGUGGUACAGAGGAGGAGGAGGAGGAGGAGGAGCCUAUUAGAACAUCAGACAAUUACAGACCGCCUCCGAGCCAUUAUUGGUCCCGCUGCCCCAUGACCUGCACUCGCUGUGGGGAGGAGCGUCACACCGCAAAGCACUGUGAGAACUUUGAGCUCACCCAGAGUGGAAAGUCGCGGCCUCGCGCCUGCAAUCCGCAUCCGCUCACUGAGCCAGCUUCUUACCGUGCACGAAAAGAAUCGUUAGAGCAUGCGCAUGGGAAAGAUUCUCUACCAAAGAAGCCUGUGAAUAUUGUGUUGCCCAGCAGAGACAGACCAGAGGUUCGGCAGGCCUCUCGCAACGUCUUCGAUCCUAGGUCCGGUCCCCGUCAGGGCUCACAGCCGCAGAAGUCUGCGCCUGUAGAGGAAUGCGUGUCUGAAACCACAACUGACCGAGAGUUGCAACGUCUUCGGGAUACCCCCAUACCAGGCUCAAGUCUAAAGGGACGUACCAGUACAACAAGCACCUCCGAACAGCUCACGAUUUUGACACAAGCGCGCGGAAAAACGUUCACUCCUCCAUCGACUCAACCCAAUAUAUCACCACGAGAUCCACGACUAAAGCGAGGCUCGGCUUUGACACCUCUUGUAUCGCCUCUCCAAUCCCUGCGAACGUCGCUAGAGCCUGGCGAAGUUGUAUCAGUCGAACCUAAGAUGCUUGGAGAGCCACCUUCCAACCCGUCUCAACAUAGGCCGCAUGGAGUCGGUGCCGCUCCUUCGCAGGCUUCCAUCCGGCAAGAAGAGCACCAACCACACUCUUCUAGCCAGAGAGAAGCGUAUGUUCCACCAGCCUCCGGCGGGAAAAAAGAGGGCGUACCACAGGCUUCUGGCCAGAAAGACAACCACCAUUCGCCGGCGCAUACUCAAAACGAAAAUCGCCCCUCACAGGCUCCCAACCAAAUAGGCCACCGCUCUUCACAGGCUCCUACCCGCAACGAAGACCACCCUACACCGGAGCACUCGGCAGAUGACAGUCUCGAGACUAUCGAAGCUCGUAUGAAGGCAUUCGAAGAGGAAGAGCGUGUCAGGCAGAAGCAGCACGAGGAGGAAUUGGCCCAGAAAAAGCGCCGACAGAGGCAGGAGUUUGAGCACGAAUUGGAGGAAAAAAUCAACCAGAAGAAGCGGGAUGCGGACCUGGCGAGGAGAGCAGCCGUUCAAAAGCAGGAAGAGGAGCAUGAAGAACGACUGGCCGAGCUGCGCCGGCGCUGA